CUGAGCAUUAGAGACACACUCAGCUGGAGAUUACUGAGACAGACGGCAGCAGACAUCAAGAAGACACAGCAGCUGUAAAUGUCGCUCCGGGAUUUAACAACCAAAUGUUUCUGCUGUGCCCCAAUUGAACUUUUUAAUGCGGGAUUCACGUCUUAGCAUCAGACUUUCAUCUGCUCUUAUUGAGGGUGCAGUGAUUUACUGUUGAGAGCAACUUAGUGUCCUUUUGAAAUCAGUUUAUGCAGACACAAAAGGACAUUUAAGUAUUAAGCGCAUAGGAAAGUGUAAAAGCGUCUUUUAAAGGAGACUUUUUGGAGGUGUUUUUGUUAAAGCAGCACCUUUAAAUAAGGUUUAAUCCCACCGCUGUCGGGUAAUCCAGCCUAAUUCAGUUUAAUUUGCCGGCACCAUGCUCUCCACUGUCCGCCGACACAGCCUCCGCCUGCAGACCGAGCUCCACCGGUGGAGCAUCUGCGACCCCGGCAGUCACCUGCUGCCGGACAGCUUCCUGACCCGGGUCCCCGCCUGCAUCUCCCGCUCCAAGUCCUGCACCAGCUCCGCCGGGGAGUCGGACGGGAGCCGCGGGAGCUGGUCGUCCUCAGACUCGGUCAUCUCCACCGACUCCGCCGGGGAUUCGGCCGAGCCCGGGAGCCCGUACCGGGUGGUGCUGUUAGGGGCCAGCGGGGUCGGAAAGACCGCCUUCGCCAGCAUCUUCGCCGGAGCAGCGGACAGCAUGGACAGCGAUGACUGCGAGCUGUGUGAAGUUGAAAUGUGUGAAAAGGAAAUUGAAGUGGAUGGAGAGCCUGCAACUCUAACUGUGCUUGACUCAUGGGAUGCAGAGACCGACAACGAAUGGGCUCAGGAGUGCUACAUGCAGACAGGUGAUGCCUACCUGUUGCUGUACUCUGUGACUGACCGGGCCUCGUUCCUGCGAGCCUCAGAGCUCCGGAUAACCCUACGUCGCUUCCGUCCUGCCCAGCACACACCAAUCAUCCUGGUGGGGAACAAAUGUGACCUGGUGCGACGCAGAGAAGUGUCAGUCAGUGAGGGCCGUGCCUGUGCUGCUGUGUUUGACUGCAAGUUUAUCGAAACCUCAGCCGCCAUGCAGCACAACGUCUGGGAGGCUUUCCACGGCAUAGUGCGACAGCUGCGUCUACGCCGUGACUCCAAGCAAGCCAACAAGCGUCGCAGGCACAUAAGCUGUAACACACGCCGCGAGAGCCUUCCAAUGAAGGCCAAACGUUUCCUCGACAAGGUGGUGGCAAAGAACAAUCCCAGUGUGGCGUUCUGGUUAAAAUCUAAGUCCUGCCAUGAUCUCUCUGUGCUGUAGGGGCCCCUGGCAGAUCUACACUAAACCUUUGAGCAGGUGAACAAGUUACAGCCUGGAGGAUGUGGACAUGGGCUGGAGGGAAGCCUGCUUCUACAGGGCUAAAGGUUGGAUGGUUCAAACCUAGUCCUCAGUGGUUCACAUCCACCCUCGGCACAGCCAGCACAGUGUACACGAGAGUCACCAUUAUGUUGCAGUCUGAACUAGACUGAGAGGACUGGGCUCAGUUUGUCAGCCUACGAAAUGGACUAGAAAUGAAGUUCCUGUUGCAAAGACUCAUGUUUGAGUGGCCUAAAUGUUGGAGGUUAGAGCUCAGCUGGUGGGAACUGACAGAAGGAUGUGAUGUUCAUUUCUGUGUUUUGAACAAAGAAAUAAAUACUAGCAUUUUCUCUCCUUUCUUCUCUCAUCUCUUUUGCUCUCAUCCCUGCCAAACGUGUCGUCUGUCGAUCCCUAAAGUGCUAACAUUACCAGGUGUAAGCUAUUGAUGAAGGUCAUUUUGGUAUGAUGGUUAUUUAGUCGUUACUUUGAAUUUCUUCAUAAUGUGUUGUGUUUUGAACUUACUGUAAAUAAAUACCAGAUUUAUGUAUUUUGCUACUUGUAUGCAGUUUCAGUGUUGCCUAUUGAAAUAAAGUGACAUCAUGCAAUUUUGAUUAAAAAAAAAAAA